GUGUGUAUGAUUAUGACAUGGACGGCCAAAUAUCUUUUAGGUUACUUAUCGUUUGUUUAUUAAUUUGUCUUAUUGGUUAAGACUAAUGAGGUUGAACAGCGGUGGAAGGUCAAAAGAAGAUGCCGUGAAAAAUACGCGUUGAAUUUUAUGAGAUUAUGUUCUUUCCAAUCGGAUGGCCGCGGGUUUUAAACUCGACGGAGCCUGAGAAAAUUCGUGCAGUCGUGUGCAAUAGAGACAAGAUACUUUUUGCCAUUCUAACUACAGAUGCUCUGGCCAUCUGGUAUUGCAAGCCAUGCAUGCCAAUCGUAUUUACUAGGAGAACCCUAGACUCUUUAAGAAAAUAUGGAGAAAACAACUUGGUACAAUGGCGACCGGAUUCAAACAUGUUGGUUGUUUCGACAACGGACAGUUACUUAUUGUUUUAUCAUCUAAUGGACACCAGCACGGAUGGCCAUGGGUUAUAUGACCAGAAAGAUUCUCCAGUGACUAGUCUGAAACGAGACAGUGCAGAAUUAUUUAUCAAAGAAAUUAUACCUGCUUUAAGUAUAAGUUUCGAAAAGUCAGCAUGGGUAGAUGGUGGAAUCAGUUCUCUUGUUUGUAUUCGUGACGAACUUAUGGUAGCUACAAAAACAAGUCAUGUAAUACGUUAUAAAUGGGACAGUACUGCCAACCGAGACUACUCUCUUGAUCUGCGACGAAUUCCCUUUAGUAUUGACCAACAGGUCUCAACUAUAGCAAUCCCAAUAACAGAAAAUAAUGUAUAUGUCUCGGAUAUAGAAUACUCACCUCUGGUCGGGGGAUUCGCAAUCGUUCUUAGCAAUGGCAGAGCAGCAUUUUUAACUGCUCAGUCAUUAAAGUUUGAUCCUAAUCAAGUUCAAGGCAUUUGGGGUAGGGAUUUAGAGGAUGCUACAUGUGCAGCAGUAAAUCAUAAGUACCGACUGAUAGCUUUUGGAAGACAAAAUUCCGAAGGUGUUGUUUAUUACGUUGACGAGACAACGGGAGGCCUGGAAGUAUCGCAUAGUUUGAGUUUAUCUUCUAAGGAUUAUCCUGGCAGACCAGGAAGUGUCAAAUGCUUAAGAUGGACUCCAGAUAGUUGUGCAAUCGCUUUGGCCUGGGAGGGUGGUGGCCUUGCAAUAUGGAGUACCUUUGGCGCUCUAUUAUUAUGUACCUUAAAAUGGGAUUAUGGCUUAAGAGUGGACCUAAGUCGGGACAAUCCGCUUCACGUCCUUACGAUGGAAUGGUCAGCAGAAGGUUAUCAACUGUGGAUGCUUAGAGAAUCUCCAGGGCCAUCACUCGUCGAGGAAAAUGGAAACGAACAAAAUGGGAGGAAACGAUCUCUCAUUCAGUUAGAUUUCGUUAAAAGUCCUUUAACUGUAAAUCCCUGUAUGAGUCAACAUGGUCACUUAUAUUUACAAGGCGAGAAUCGAUUGUAUUUAAACCUUGGAAGUGGUGUGUCAAAUAAUUCUUCUGGUUUUCACCUUGUUAAUGAAGUUCCUUUGGAUACCUCAACGCAAACCCUUGCUGGUUCCAAACAGUGGCUUGUUGUACCAAUUCCCAGUGCCUACAGUGGUUCCAACUGGCCUAUAAGAUACACGGCUAUUGACAACGAUGGAUUAAGUUUAGCUGUUGCUGGCAGGACUGGGUUAGCCCAUUAUUCCUUGUUAUCCCGUAAAUGGAAGCUGUUCGGUAAUGAGACUCAAGAACGAGAUUUCAUAGUGACUGGGGGGCUUCUAUGGUAUCGCGGCUUUCUCAUAGCAGGAAGUUAUUCCCUCCUUGAAGAUAAAGACGAGAUUAGAAUUUACCCACGGGAUACACGUCUGGAUAAUAAUUAUGUAAAGAAUAUUAAAGUGUCAUCGCAAGUUCUGCUCUUGAACACUCUAAAAGAAAGGUUCUUAACUUUCUGUGCCAAUGCUCAGAUCAGUAUAUAUGAUAUGAAAUUAGAAGGUAACGAGGGAACGGGAAUCAUCGAGUUGACAAGAACUCAAACAGUCGACAUUGGAGGACUAUGUGUACAUCCUGCUUGCGUUGUAAGCGCAACUUUGACUGCAAUUCGUGCAGAAACCGCCGGAAGCCAUCCUCAUCCCGAAAGUCUACUUCUCAAUGUGUCCGGACGACUUGUGAUGGUUCAGCGCGAACAUUGCACUGAUAAUUCAGAAAUGCUCUUUACGUGCAGUACACCUACGGUUCUCGCAUCUUGUGUUGAAAAUGUAUGGGUCCCAUGGCGAUCUAGAAGAGAUAAGCCACAUUUGACAGAAGCUCUUUGGCUCUUCUGUGGAGCCCAUGGAAUGAGAGUUUGGCUACCUUUAUUUCCAAGAAAUCACCAAGAUAAACUACAUACUUUUAUGAGCAAAAGAAUGAUGCUUCCUUUUCAUCUUCGAAUAUAUCCUCUGGCGAUACUCUUCGAGGAUGCAAUUUUACUUGGUGCGGAAAACGACACUGUACUUUACACGUCUGAUACGAAUUCUCCGUUUUCGUUACCGUUUAAUUUAUUAGAAUUAACGAGUCAAGUUUACCUACACCAGAUUCUGCGUCAAUUGAUCCAUCGAAAUUUGGGGUACCACGCUUGGGAGAUCGCCAGAUCUUGCUCGGCUUUGCCCUAUUUUCCACAUUCUCUCGAACUUUUGCUUCACGAGGUUUUGGAAGAGGAAGCAACCAGCAAAGAACCAAUUCCCGACGCUCAGCUUCCUUCCGUGGUAGAAUUUAUCCGAGAGUUUCCAGGAGUAUGGGCAAGAGCGGUUGUACAAUGUGCUCGGAAAACGGAAAUUGCUCUGUGGCCGUACUUGUUCUCAGUAGCAGGUCCACCAAAAAAACUACUGCAAGACUGUUUACACCGCCAGCAAUUGGACACGGCUGCCAGUUAUUUAAUAAUCUUACAAAAUUUAGAACCGUCCUCUGUUAGUAGACAACAUGCAACCUUACUUUUGGAUGCCGCCUUGGAACAGGGAAGGUGGGAGCUCUCUAGAGAUUUGGUGCGGUUCCUAAGAGCUAUUGAUCCGAAUGACGUGGAGUCACCACGAUCAUCCUGGGGAAAUACGGCGAAAUUAGGAGGUCCUCCCCAAACUCCAUCUGUUUCGCCACACGAGGAUGAUCUGUCUCUUGUGUUGGGAACAAUGCAGGUAUCCAGAAGUCGAAGUUACAGCACCACCACCACACCAAAAGUUCAGUCCGAUUCGGGAAAUAAAGAUCUAGCUCCGUCUUCCGUGCUGGAAAAGACUAGAAACGUUGUUAUGAGACGAAAAAAAUCCGUACCAACCGUUAAGGCUGAAAAGACUGAGAACAAGGAAGGAUCAGCCGAGGAAUUCUUCAUUGAUGUUAUUCUCCAACGUCAUGCUCGACGAUUAUUAACAGCCCGUCGUCUAGCGGAUCUUGGAAGGUUCGCAGCUCGGUUGGAUUUUCAUCUGGUGACAUGGUUAGCACGCGAACGAGAUCGUGCCGCCAGAAUUGAGGACUACGUUGCCGCGUUGAAAGCAGUUCACGAAGACUUUCAGGUUCCCUAUCCGGUACUCUCAAUACCAAACUUGCAAAAAUUUCGAAGGUCUAGCCUCACUUCCUUGCGGUCCAUACGAUCCAUCAGUCAGGAAAGUCCUGAAGAGGAACCUUUAACUACAAACUUCGCCGUUGACCUUCCCGAUAGUGGAUAUACUAGUCUGCCCAGUGGCAGACCACCUUACAUGAGCCUGGUGUCUCCAGUGGCGAGUUUGGAAACUCAGUUUCCUGCGAUCGAGGCCAAGCUAACCCCACACAUGUUACAAGACGCCAACAGUAUUCUAAGUGACACUAGCACAAUUUGGAGAGACGAUGUGGAGUCUAUUGUAGGGACGGGAAUCGGAAACCAGGUUUGCUGGGUACCUCCUGAAUCCGUAGAGCCCAUCGAGGUCCAUGCCACUUCUUCUGGAGGUCUUGUGAGUCGUGCAGAGGUACAACUUAGGUAUCUUCUGCAGCUUUUCUUAGAAGCAGGUUGUCUAGGAUGGGCUACAAUCCUGGCUACUGUUCUAAGAGAUGCACCAGCAAUGGCUAGGACUAUAAGAGCUGCCCAUACUCCUAUACAAUCUCCAGAAUCUACAGCAAGCCUAAGAGAUGGUCUGUUGACCUUAACCAAGUGGUCCAACUCUGAGUGUCUAGGAUACCGACCUUUUAUGACGAGUAUUCAAGGACAAGUGUCAUUACUGUGUCGCCUGGUGUUAACGAAACAACAAGAACAGGAUCAAAUACCUGAAAGCCCAUCACCUAGUCCAGCUCCGUCUUCAGGGAGUAAUCCGCGAGGAAACAUCUCCAGAUCUCGACAUUCCUCAAUUAGCCAUACAUCUACGACAACGGGAGUAGUCGAAGAAGAGCGUUCCCACGACUCCACUAUGUGCUCCGAAGAAACUAAUUUUCGGGGAAGUUACAAUAAUGUAAACAACGCAGAGACUGGAUCACAAACUUCUACCUGUAUGAUUUCUUAAAAAAUGUUGGGUUUAGAAGAUUUAUACAAUUUUGAGAAAAUCAAACUGCAGAACUGCGUUCACAAAUGGCAAAGGUACACUGUCAAUAGCAUCGUCUGUUAAUGUCCUUAAACUUUUUACAUUUCACGUAAUUUGUACAAAUCAUUUGGGACUUAUCAGGCUUUUAAAUAUCGUAAUAUUCAGAGACCAACUCUGUGUGUUCUUCAAAUUUAAUACUUUUUAUUUCCAAAAAGUUGACUUCAUCAGAUAAAUAUACUUAUACUGGUUUUUUUUAUGAUUCAAACACAAUGUUUACCGUUACACCAUUUAGAGUUGAAAGAUGUAUUUUAAGAAAGGUUAUUUUCAUAUACUAUUUUGAAACCUUGAAAUAUUAAACUUAAAAAUGUUACUCUGGGACAGUACAAGUGUUAUUCAUCUACAUCUCUGAUAAAGUACUUGGAUUACAGAAGCUUCACUCUGCAAAAUCCUUUAUAAAUAUUGCACACUUAAGUAUCGGAAACGAAAGAUCGAUGACAAUGUAGUUUCAAGUACAAUUAAUAAUUAUUUAACUUUUAAUAGUAAAAACUGUUUGAAAUAACAUAGGUGGUACAGUCUAAUCACUGAAUUAUAACCAAGGUUAAAAUGUAUUUUCUGUUCAUUUAAGGGGCAAUGGUACAUCAUUUUCUCAAUGUGUUUUUAUAUCUAAGGGAGCUGAAAGUUAGGAAACUACACCCACAAAUGUUUGUAUAGGAUGUACUUUGAAUAACUUAAAGGAUGAAAUUAUAGCCUUCCAUAAAUAUGAUUUUUCCUAGAGCGAGAUUUCUAAAUUAUUUUUCAGAAACAAAUGUACAUAAUAAGUAAAACUUUGUACUGAG